UCAAAGACAAACUGCUCUGGCAAGUUUGUCAGAGUAGCUAGUUCAUUUUAUACAACUUGCUCAUCUGAAUGUCUGUCGCCUUCAUCUCAGCGCUUAUGAAUUUUUUCGAGCUCCGAAAACACCUCUCCUUCUGGAAAAUGUGGCAUAGUCUCAAUUGAAUCAGGAAUUGUGCCACUGGAUGAAUGUAAUUCAAGCAAGAAAGUUUCAGUGGAGGGAACAAUUUAUUUAAAAUACAAGAGAGGCAAUUCACCUUGAAAAAUGACAAGCGAUAGCUUUGGUGAGCUGCUGAGCAGACUCAGAGAAAUCCACGAGAAGGAAACAAAAGUGUUGCAAGCGAAGGUUACGGAGCUGACCAUGGAAAAAUGCUGUGACGCACAAAGAAUGGAAGAGAUGUUCAAUAAAAACCAACAGCUUCGAGAACAGCAGAAGAUACUCCAAGAAAAUGUCAAGUUAUUAGAAAACAGGCUACGAGCAGGAUUGUGUGACAGGUGUACAGUCACUCAAGAUGCAGCUAAGAAGAGGCAGCAGGAAUUUGAAAAUUCACAUCUACAAAGCCUUCAUCAUAUUUCAAUGUUGGUCAAUGAGAUGAACAUGUUGAAAAAGGAAAAUAAAAGGCUGCUUGAAGAGGUCAAGAAACUGAGAGGUGCUUUUCUGGAAAGAAAUGGCAGGUAUCCCAAAGCUCCAACUCCAGAAUUCAGCACAUCAACAGAUACAACAGCUACUCUAAGCUUUGUCGCUGCAAUGAACAAAUCAAGUCAGAUGUUAGACGGCAGGCUGGUAAGGCCUACUGUGCAUAAAGGAUCAGAGCAAAGCUCGCCCCAGCAUUUGGCUGAAGGUACAGUUGGGAUACCAGAGCAAAGGAAGGUGCUAAGCUGGAGUGGACAAGAAUCUCAAAACUUACACAUGAUAUCAAAUCAGCUACACAGUACCAUUGCUGUGAUGACGCCUGGUGCCAAAAAUGAGAGAAGUUCCAGAAUGAGCCCAGGAGUGGAAAACAUACACGAUACCAAGCCAGGAUUUAAAGGCUCAAUGAUGCGUGACAUUCAUGAAGAUAUGUCGCAGCCAUUUGUUCGAGCCAAACCCUCAACAGAGGAAAGGAUACCAAGUCCUCUGGUAACAUUCCGUACACUUAGUGAAAGAGCUCAGCGUCUUUCUCUCCAAUGGGCUUCAGAAAAUAAGAUGGACUGGGGUAGCCAUACCCAAGAAAGAUCUGAAGAUCACAUCCCUGUGGCUGACUGCUAUGGGCAUGUUAUUUACGUCAAGGAGCAAACGCUGGAAACACUUAAUGAGGUGCAAAUUGCUAAAGAAAAAUGUCUACAACAAGAUGGUGAUGUGAAUGUCACUUACAAACAAAUAUCUAGAUCCCUUAAUAGAAACUCUGUUGGAGAUCAUAAAAAGGCAACAGAAGUGGAAAUAAUCCAAGACAGGAGCACACAUUUACAAAGUAAUGGUACUGAUUCAAAGCAUGACAAAGCAUAUGCGCUGUGCAAGAAAACAAAUGAUGCACCUCUAGAUCUUUCUGAUUAUGGAAGAUCUAAAGAAGGUAACCAACCAAAUAAACCAGAGGAAGAAGACAGAUCAGAAUCUUUUAGACCUAGAAUGGGGAGCGAUGACAUGCAUGGUUACACUAACAGAGGAACAAAACGUUCACGAAGUGAUAGCUCUUCGAGUAUACCAAAUGAACUGUCUCCCACAUCUUCUCAGUCUGUCAAGAGCCAGAUGUCACCUGUUGAAGAUAAAAUUCUUAAAGAAAGUGCCUUAAAUAACAAAGAAAGAAAUAUCCACAAGACUCCUGGAAAUAACAAAGCAACAUUGUGUGGAGAGGAAAACGUCGGAUCAGUUCUUAUGCCAGUUGUGGUACUGGAAGCACUGAGAGGCGAAUCAGAAGCUGUUGAUUCAUCAGAUAGUGAGAUGGCAGCACCAUAUGAUUCCGAAAGUAAUCAUGAAACAUCACCUGAGGAUCCACUUUCUUCAGACGGGCGAGAUUCAAGAAAUAAAGGAAGGCAGAGGAUCAGGCUACGGAAAAUGGCCGUCCUCCGUAGACACUCUCCAAGAGAAAGAAAAGCACCAGUGAAAGCAUCCAGUGUUCAUCAGAAAAACAACAAUGACCCAGAAAAGCCUUGAGCAUCCAUUGAGGUAUACAGUAUUCCCAAGACAUGCAUUCCUCCUUGAAAAAAACUGCAACUGUCUUCCUCACUCCACAGCGAAAAGCAUCGGAAACAUUUGUUAAUUUAUGUUCUCCUCAACAUUGCAUCCCUAGUGUCUGCCCAGUUCAGUAAGCUUUUAAACUGGUAGCGGUGGGACUGCUCAUUAUCCUGAUCUCUUUUUUUUAACUGACUGGUAUAUGUUUUUAUUUUACUUGUAUAAUUUGCAGGCUAAUGAUGUGGUAUACUACAGUUUCAACAUGUUUGCAGUAAACUCCAAAGGUUACAGUAUAUGUUUGUUGUACUUUGUAACAUAUUCUUGUAAAUUGUUGUAAAAUUCCAAUUAGGAUGAUAUUCUUGACUUAUACUAAACCUUUUGUGGUAUUUCCUGGGUAAAUAAUUAAACUACACCCAACUAAGAUGUAAUCAUUCUUACAAAUUUACAUUUUUUUUCACAAGUGGGUAACAUACUGUACUGAAUAAAAUAUAUAUGUUUUUGUUACAUAGUGGUGGGAAAGGCACAAUAUGCUAAUCGCUUGACAAACUAAUAAUGUAUUUAUUGAAUGUAAUACAGGAAAUGCAAACACUUUGUCCACUGAGUGGAUUUCUACAUGCUUGUAUAUAUUAGAUUUACUCCUAAUAAUUUCUGUGUAACAACCCCCUGUAGUCAAAUGCAUUAGCAGCCUGCCAGUCAAAAGGAAUAUUAGCUUGGUUCUGCUAGAUGAGCACUUUCUGUUCACAAUUAGGGAGUUAGGACAACAUCAUGAGUUUGAAUGAUGGCUUGGAAGCAGUUUGCUUAAGGGCAGCCUCUAAAAUUAAUCCUUUUGUUUCAGCACCAUCAGAAGGUUUCGAAUUCAGUGAUGGAGACUCUAUCAGUAAUCAGCAUAUUCUCGAUUUGAAUACAAACUGACAUGUACCUCAGUCCAAGGGUCUGAAGUCAAAGUAUCAUUAUAAGCUAAUGCAAUGUUCCUUAAGCUUUGUCCUUAAGUCUUUGAUAAGGCCAAUUUAUUUCAUGGUCAUAACUACGAACUCCAGCAUGGACUUACAGCAGGGAGACGUUUAAAUCAAAUUCUUUAAUUUUGAUGCUUUGGUCCAGUAAUGUUAUACAACAGCAGCAAGUCGUAAGAGAAAAGAGUGUAAGAGGAAGGUCAUAUAACAGUCCCACCACCUUACAGUCCCAUAACCUUGUUAUGUUUGUAGUUGACUGAAUUGGGGUGACGGAAAUGCCAACAAGCCUUUGAGUUUGACAUCAGAAUACUGAGACCUAGGGAGGAACAAUAGUCAAAGCAUUAAAAGUAAAGCCAGAAAGAAAAAGUCUGACAAAAGUUUAAAACCCUAAAAAGUCUUUCUUAAUUUUUUUUUUUGUUUUGUUUUUGUUUUUGCAGUCUUUUCUAAAAUAUUUCAGAUCUCUGCUUAAGGUAAAAAGUCACAUAGUUAGUCAUGGUUGCCUUGAUGUCACAGAUCACAAGACAUGUAUAUUACAUGUCUCGAAAGCACACAGCGUCAUAGACCAGACACACAAAAUGGGGCUCCUAAGUAAUAUAGAAACACCAAAGUGUAAUUGUACUUCCCCCAGGGGCAAUUUUAAGGAAAAAAGGGACCAGAGGAUUGGACAUAACUUGAAAACCCUAGCCAAGUUGGAAAGCAAAAAGUCCGAUCUAAAAACCUAAACUACAUUUCAAAAAUUCAAAGCGCACAGUUAUUUUUUACUAUAAAGUCAAAACAACAACACAAAUGGUAAAGUUUUAAGUCAUUUUUUAUCAAUUUUAAAGGAAAGUAACAAUGACAAAAAUGGCUCCACCUUAUCGAAACAAACAUGGUGCCAUGAAAGAUAUACAAAUAUUUCAACCCCAUUAAGUAUAUUUCUUUGACAAAAAUAAUUGCUAAAAUUAAAUUAAACAUGCUUCAAAAGCCCAUCUUGGGAAGUAAAAGGACCAGAGAUAACUUGAAAGAGGGUCGGGAAAAAAUAAAAAUAAACCCAGAUCAUAACAAAUGGCAUCCAUGAAGAAACAAACACAAAAAUGACACACAAUGAUGUCACCUAAUUGGCAAUAAAACUGUUAAUCACAAAAAUAGCUGACUUCACAGCAAGUUUCUUUGCUUCUUUCACUCUGUUGCAGUUAAUGUCAGUGUGAGGUUCAAAUUUUGGUAGUUAUCUGAAAGAAACCCCAUCACACUGGUGUCAUAACCAGAAGAAGUUAGAUGGGUAGCAGCAUGUAAGCACUAAUACAGAAGAAGGGACUUUAGCUGAGGAACAUGCAAUAACUCUCAUUAUGAGCCUAAUGCAAGUGGAGUGACAUGUUGAGUGGCACACUGGCAGCUUAAUCCUGCUUGAACAUAUAGCACAAGGGGUUUAUCUUUUUAAUGUAUAUGUUAUGUGUGUGUGUGUUUUUUUAAUCACAUUUUACACCAGUAUAUGGCAGGGCAUGGAAACAUACUGUAUGUUAAUAGAUUAACAAUUAAUUUUGUUGAAAUUAUCCUAGAAAUAACUGAUUUAUUUCUCAGUAGGAUUUUGAAUGUACAUUAAGUGUAAGAAACAUGGCACUAAAUCAGCGUGAUUGCACAAUAAAUAAGAAAUUUUACUUUUAA